CUAGGUUGUAAUGCUAUCUCUAUGCGAGGCCGUUGGAGAAGAGCUGAAGUUGAAUUUAAUUGUGAGUGAACUGCAUUGGAUUGGUUAUAUCCGGAGGAGCUGUAAGGCCGAACGCCGAACAUUUUUGCAGCUUUGGUGAUACAACCAACCAAUCGUGGAACCACUUUCGGCGUUCGAGUAUUCAAUCUACGAUAAAGCAACCAGCCAUUGGCGUCUAUUGCGUGGCCCGUUCGGCCUGUAAUGUAACUGUCGAGCUUCACAAGUCUUCAGAAUGAGACUCUACGUCCAGGGCAUGCGGUGCCUGAGGGUUUCUGCCCCGCGACCUGCCCAGCUUCCCCGAAGCUCUAUUCUUCUACCAACAGCUUGCGCCGCGAGGACUUACUCGUCGGCACGCCCGACGGGAACUCCAGGCUCCGUGACUAUCCGCGACCAGACCAUCAAGACCGAUCCUCAAUGGUUCAACGUACCCGACAAUGUCCUCGAGGCCACUGCAAGGAAACUUCACCUCUUGAAAGAUCACCCUGUGUCCAUCACCCGCCAGAUUAUCCAGGCCAACUUCCCUGAGCCGACGUUCAAGUAUCACAAUGAGUUCAGCCCUGUGGUGUCGACAGCUCAGAACUUCGAUUCGUUAGGAUUUCCCGCGAACCAUCCCGGCCGCGCCCUGUCCGAUACAUACUACUUGAAUAGCGAAACACUACUGCGAACGCAUACGAGUGCUCACCAGGCCGACACAUUCCGAGCUAACCAGAGCGCGGGGUACCUUGUGUCUGCCGAUGUAUACAGACGAGAUGCCAUUGACCGCAGCCACUAUCCCGUGUUCCAUCAGAUGGAGGGUGCAAUGUCAUGGGAUCGUACCAAGGUUCCCAAUGGUGAUGUUGCUGCUGCGGUAUGGAAGGACUUUGAGAAGCUACCCGUUCAUGGAGUCAAGGUCGAUGACCCAAACCCUCCUAUGCAUCCUGAGACAAACCCUCUCCAAGAUGCUCAUCACACAGCUGCUGAGGCUGAGGCUAUCGGUGCUCAUCUCAAGAGGUCAUUAGAAAACAUGGUCGUCGAUAUCUUCUCUCGGGCCAAGGCUACUGCCAUCAAAGAUGACCCCAACUUCGUGGACGAGCCUUUGCAAAUGCGAUGGGUAGAAGCUUACUUCCCCUUUACCAGCCCCUCAUGGGAGCUGGAGGUUUACUAUGCCGGUGACUGGCUCGAGGUACUGGGCUGUGGUGUGGUCAAGCAGGAUAUCUACAUCAACGCUGGUGUACCUGACCAACUUGGUUGGGCUUUUGGCAUUGGCAUCGACCGCAUUGCCAUGCUUCUCUUCAAGAUCCCUGACAUUCGCCUCUUCUGGUCAAAAGACAAGCGCUUCCUAUCCCAGUUCGAGGGCGUGACCGACAAUCUCGAUAACUUGAAGCGCUUCGUCCCCUUCUCCAAGUAUCCUCCCUGCCCCAAAGACGUGUCCUUCUGGCUUAGCUCCACGACAGCAGCAGGUGGCAACACCAAGGGCACAUUCCAUGAAAACGACGUUAUGGAAAUUGUCCGUAACGUGGCGGGUGACGUGGUCGAGGAUGUGCGCCUGAUUGAUGAGUUCACGCACCCCAAGACGGGCCGCAAGAGCAUGGCGUAUCGCAUUGUUUACCGCAGCUUGGAGCGGACUCUGACUAACGAUGAGGCCGUCGCUUUCCACGAGGAUGUGCGCAAAGCUUUGGUCAAAGAGCUGGGCGUCGAGCUUCGAUAGACUGGGCCAGAGCUAGGGUAGCUGAGCUGAAAUAAACGUGUGGAGAAGCUGGUGCUUAUGGGCCCAGCUCGACAUGGCAGCUUGGACCCUUGAUCGCCUUGAGCUAAUUAUGAGGCGGUAUUGUAAAUCUGUAGACUAGUCGCAUCUGUAUAGUAUCUGCUGUAUGAAUCAAUGAAAAGUCCGAUGCUCGCGGGCUUAGCUCUCCUCUGACGUUGUCGAACAGUACUAUCACGAGCCCAGCUGCUGCGCCAUAGGAAAAUCACGGGCUUCGUUUCCAUAUAAGCCAAGCCACGAAUCAAGCGUGGCUAUUUGCAAAUUGCAGGAUUCAUGAAUGGCAUUGCUCGAGUGACGUUAUUGUUGAUCUGAGCCACGUCUGGUCCGGGCUCUGGGUUCCUUGCAUGGAUGAGCUGAACUGAGCUGCCUCCCAGCGGGGCGGUAUCGAGAACAGGGAUGAGACGGGUGGCUUGUGCGCUGUGGCGUUGCUGGUUUCGGAGGGUUUAAGGGAUUUGGAGGCCAACGAGUUAUUGGAUUCCUCGGUGUCGGGCAGAGGAGACAGGAGAAUAUCACUAUAUUCUCGUAUUGGAAUUGGAAUUGGAAUUGGAAUUGGCUAUCGAUUCGAGACUCUCAAUUAGACUCUGGCCGUAUCCGCGAGAGAUAUCUGAUUCGACCACCAAGCCUUAGAUCAGGAACCGUAGUUACAAAGUAGUAAACCGAGGCCUCUAACCAGAUCCCAGGGAUAUUCUCAUAUAACCGUUUUGUUAUCUUGAUUACAUAGUAUCACAACUUGUUCUACCGAUCAAUCGACC